AUGGGGCCAAAAAUGCGACAUGUUAAACAUCACUGGGAAAUUUAUGAUUAUCUUGGUUCAAAUACUGAUAAAUCAAAGACUUUUCGGGACCUCCGGCAGUCACUUGAGAGGUGGAACAAAUACUGUGAGCAUGGAAAAUCAGGGAGGGGUAGGGAAGGAGAUCAUCAGUCCUUGGAUUCUUUAGCUGCAGCGAUUAAUGAACUCGGGUUGGAUUGGUUUUUUCUUGAGAUGCUUUGGCAAUCCAUAUACCAUAGUGAUGCUGAUAAGUUUGUGCAGAGUGAAAAGACCCUUGCGAAAAUUCGUGUUGUGGCAGAUGAGGUUAACAGAGAUUUAAGUUCACAUCUUCCACCAGAUACCAAAUGCAACCUCAUGGAAAGGUCUCAGGAACUGCUCGAUUUGCUGGUUGACUGCAAAAGCAAGACUGAUGAGCUUAUGGAGGCACAGAUUCGACAAGUUUUAAUGGCCUUCAAAAAUCCAUGGUCAUUUGAUAUUGCAGGUGAUGGUGUUCUUGGAAAAAAGCUGUUAUUCCUCAGUGAUCAGCUGAAAUUGAUAUGCUUUUACCUGGCUUAUGUAUAUGACGAUCCUUUGGGGGAUGGCCCUAAAAUUGAUGCCAUUCUUAGUGAUGCUUCCUCCGUGAUUGUGAGGAUUGUAGUUCGUUAUUGUAAUUUGUGGUUCAACAGGCAACACCCUGAAACUGCGAAUGCUGUGGUCACUGAAAUUGUAGAUUUGCUUCACGAGAUUGCUCCAACAAAUCCCGAGUUUAUACAGUUGAAUCUCAGAUACCUCAAGUCUCUCUGUGAUAAAGUUAUCAACUCCAGGGGACACGCACGGUAUGAUGGCUGUUACGGAGUGACUUACUUCAGCCACUUUCUUCUCAAUUGGCGAAAAGGAGCAGAUUAUAAAGAGGAGCAAAUUAUUUCGGUAAGAGACACAAUCACCCUUUGUUUUGACAAUAUACCAGAGGAUGGCAGGGAGGAUAUGGACAAUUUCUUUGCAGAGAUUGUGGCAGUGUUAGCAGAGGUAGCCUUCUUUUUCCAUGGCACGGUGCAGACUGAUGUAUCUGCUGAAAAAGAACCAAAUCUAUUUGAUGUAUUGCCUCUUAAUUCGGAGUUACAAGCAAAACUUUGUCUUCUCAAAGCAGAGCUUUUCCUCAAACAGCAACUCAAUGCUCACACUCCCUCAAUGCUUUUCAGUAAUGACCAAUUUUUCAGUGUCAAUAUGAUUCGCACCUACUUGAAAGCAUUUAAAUAUCAAUGUCAGCACGAGAAGACGGAAUUCGUAAAGGAAAGUUUAGUCUGCGCUGAAAAACUGGCUGAUGAUAUUGUUUCCCUUAAGAAGUCACUUCAUUCCAGAAAGUUAACUAGUCCUUUGGUAAAGCAUUCGCUUCUGCUGUGGCUUUUCAGGAUUGCCUUUUUCAAGGCCGAGGCAUGUUUAGCAGAGUUAUUGAAGUGUGGUGACGCUUCCGUCGUUCAUGAGAUGCAUCAGAUUAACUACCUUGCUGAGGAGCUUACUUAUUUUAAAGGAAUUAUUAAAACUAAGCUGGCAAGUAACCCUUCAGAUGAUGAAACAGUCAUGAUACAAAUGGAAGGUGUUGUUAGGGGGAUCACACUUCUCUCUUACUCGUAUCUUCCCGACAACCAGAAGUUUAAGAAAAUUGUCCAUUCAUUGCCUCAAUUGUUGGUGAAAAUGAACAAUGCCAAGGCUAAGCUCAGGGAAAUAAUUCAGCAAUUUCCAAAGAUCAUCUUUCCCAAGACCUUUGAACUCGGGUUCUUUGAUUUUCUGUGCAGAAACUUAAGGGAUCUUCUGAAACAUUGUCCUGUAUCUAUGAUAACUGUCAAGCACCACAUUCAGCAACUUCUGCUGCAGCUAGAAUCUUUUAAAUCUUUUCUAGUGAAAGUAAAAGAUUCGGAUGUUGAGCUGGGUGAAUUAGAGGAUCUUGGGAACCACAUCAUAGAUGUGGCAUAUAAGCUGGAAUUCGUUAUUGACUCCAUUGAGGUUGAAGGUCAUUUGCAGCAAUCAGUAUGGUUAUAUGAUCUGUUACAGGAUAUCCGACUUAUUGAUCAAAAGGUCCAAGAAAUCCGUGAGAUAUCCUAUGUUGGCAAAGUGGAAAACCUCCGCCAGAUUCUGUCCCCGAUGUUAUCAAGAGAUACCCGAGAAGAAAGUAGUGAGAUGCUAGUUGGUCUUGUUGAUGAAGAAAAAGAAAUAAUUGACCGCCUCACCCGGGGGUCUUUGCAGCGAGAUGCUGUUUCAAUUGUUGGGAUGCCUGGCAGUGGAAAGACCACCCUUGCAAGAAAAGUGUACCACAAUCCCAAUGUCACGCACCAUUUUUAUCGUCGUGCGUGGUGUACUGUUUCACAAACAUACACGAAGAGGGAGUUGUUACUUGAACUGUUAGGUCACAUUGAUGUGCUUUCUAAUGACAUCAGUAAACAGACUGAUGAUGAUCUCAUGUCCAAAUUGCGUAGGUGCUUAUUGAGAAACAAAUACCUAAUAGUUAUGGAUGACGUAUGGGACACUGUAGCCUGGAACCAUUUGCAAAAUUGUUUUCCUGAUGACAGCAAUGGAAGUAGAAUUCUAAUAACCAGUCGUCGCAAGGAUAUAGCCUCAGAAAUCAAACCGGGCAGUAAUCAUCAUUCAAUUCGUCCAUUUUCGGAUGUUGAAAGUUGGAAACUGUUAAAGAAUAAGAUAUUUGAAGGUGCAGAUUGGCCUGAAGUCUUGGCAGAAGUUGGAAUAGAGAUCGCUCAACAAUGUCAGGGAUUACCACUUGCAGUUGUCACAAUAGCUGGUCUCCUGAAGAUGUUAGAAAGAAACAAGGAUUCGUGGACCAAAGUCUUCAAAAGUUUAAGCUCAGAAAUAACCAGCAAUCCAGAAAAUCGCUGCAGGCAAAUUUUAGAACUGAGCUAUAAGAACUUACCUGCGUAUUUAAAAGCCUGCUUUAUUUAUUUGGGAGUUUUUCAUGAGGACAAAGAUAUUCCUGUGACCAAAUUGAGCUUUUGUGUGAAACGGCCUCAUUUUGUUGAUUCCCGACCCUCAGGCUCUUUUGCUCGGUCCUUAACCUUCUUCGCGUCUCCUGAUUCAGAGCCAAAAUGUCCUUAUGAUAUGUCCUUCAUUUGCCACAACUUCAAGUUACUUCGGAUUUUGGACUUGGAAGCUAUCAUGGCAAUUAGCUUUCCAGCUGAAAUAGGACUAAUGAUUCAACUGAGAUAUUUAGCUGUUAGUGGUUAUAUGAAAUCUGUUCCACCAUCAAUAUCCAAGUUGUGGAGACUUGAAACGUUGGUUGUGAAGGGAUUGCGAAAGGUCAUCUUACCAGAAACUGUUUGGAGCAUGAAACGACUGAGGCACCUUCAUGUGAAUAAUCAUGUCGUUUUUAGCUUGCAAGGGCUGGAUGGUGGUGUCGGGAGUUCUUCUCAUUUGGAACAUUUGGUCAGCUUGUCUACCCCAUCACUCUCCUGCAAGAAUGGUAGAUGGAGGAUAUUGAAGAGGUUUCCUAAUCUCCGCAAAUUGAGAUGCAUAUUCUGGCAGUCAGAGAACUCCGCUGAAGAAAACAGUGAGUACGUAAGAUGGAACUUCUUAACUCAUUUGGAGUCGCUAAAGAUUAUUUGCUUUGGUGGAGCUCCAAAUUCUGGGGAUUUUCUCCUCCCACAGUGUCUCCAGAAACUGACUCUUAUAAAAUUCUGCCUACAAGAGAAUCAUCUUUCUGUGAUUGCGGAACUACCAAAUCUCAGAGUUCUGAAACUGCGUGGUGGGGCCUUCGAGGGGCAUAAAUGGGAGUUGCAGGAAGAGGAAUUCCAAGAACUCACGUUCUUGGAGUUAGAUACCAUGAACCUUGCGGAGUGGAAUGCCUCUUAUGAUCACUUUCCAAGACUAGAGCGACUUGUACUACGCAAUUGCAAGGAUUUGAAGAGAAUUCCAUCCGAUUUUGCCUAUAUUCCUACAAUGCAAAAGGUUGAAGUUCAUUGGUGCGGGAAGUCUGUGGAAGAGUCAGCAGAAGAAAUUGGGGUUGAAACGCAAGAGAUCAGAAUCGUUAUCACCCGCUUAUAACUGGCAAUCCCUGAAAGUAAGUUAUUUGCAUUUCAGCAACUUUUCAUUCGAUUUUCAAUUCACUUGAAUGGUGAUAGUGCGGUUGAUUCUGUUCUUUGGUGAUAUGACUAGCUUAAAUGGUAUAAGCCUGGGAUUCAGACCAAAACAUUUUAUACAAAUUAAGGUUAGUCUGAUGAUGUUAUAUUUACAGACAUAUAUAUCAGGCAAGUACACAGAAAUGACAAUCAGACAAACAGUUUUGCUCAUGCAGAAGAACACAUGCAAAUGUGUAUCUGAAAUAUAUCGAAGCGAAACAUUCCAUUGGAUCGGAAUGCUUUGACUGCUAAACUAG